AUGUUAAGGACUCGACACAGUUGGUUGCUGCUACUCCUUGCAUGGACCUGUUGCGACACUGUCACGUUGGUGAAAUCAGAAGAAAAUUUAUACAAAAUUCUGGGAGUUUCACGAACGGCGACCACCAAACAAAUCAAGACAGCCUAUCGUCGAAAGGCAUUGGAUACGCAUCCAGAUAAGAACAAGGGCGUUCCUCCAGAGGAAGCAGCCGCUGCCUUUCACAAAGUCGUUCAUGCUUUUGAAAUUCUGAGCGAUUCUGAUUCUCGAAAUCGCUACGAUCGAACGGGGCAAUCCGGUAAUCAACAGCAACAGCAGCAACAACAACGGGGAGGUUGGUCGUCAUCCUGGAGUUUCACUUGGAACUCUGGCGGAGGUAGUAGCGGAAGCAGCCGCAACCGUGGAAGACAGCAACAGCAGUACCGAAGAUGGCGUCUGAAGGACAAGUUUGAAGUCAAGGAAGCACAAAGUCGCAUCUUGCACAUUGUGUCUUUGGAGCAACUGGAAACAGUCAUUGUGGAUGAUGAAACAGAUGAACUCGAACGCAACUUACUCAUUUGUUUCUAUACGCCCCAACUGGAAGAACACGUCAUGGACGAAAUGGUGUAUCCUUAUCCCUUUGCCGCCAUGUCGGACCAGGGAAUAUGGUGGGAAGACUUGCUCCAAACUACCGUGGUUCGCUUCCACCGGUCCAACAAACUGACCGAAUUCUUUGAAAUUCCCAAAGGAGACACGCUAGAGGCCCCCAUUUUCAUCUUUGGCAAGCGUGGAACGAAGUUUGACAAGGAUGGUCACUUUACUAGACUCCAAACUCGGGAUCGAAUGACCUUUGAUCGAUGGGUAUGGCAACAAAUCGAGUUGACGGUGUUGUUUGUCAAUGAACACGACCACCCGGUCGAAGUCUAUUGGAUUCAUGGGACUAGCGCCAACAAGAAGAUGAUCUUGCAGCCGGGAGAGACUUCCGUCCAUAACACCAAGCUCUCGCACGAAUGGUGGGUCCGGGAUGCUCGUACCGAUACUCACCGCGACUCGCCUGGCAGACACCGACUGACUGACAACAACAGUCUUAUAUCAUGGAAGAUUACCAAUGAUGUGGAUAUGCAGCGAUUGGCUAUUCCCAAGCGCACGUGUUUUGAUCUUUCGGGACAUUGUCCGUAUUGGCAUUAUCAUGGGGAAUGCCGCAAGAAUCCAAAUUUCAUGCGGGACCAGUGCAUGUUGACUUGUGCGUUUUGUGAGAAAGAUCUUCCAGAGGAAGGGAAGAAUAGUGAUUACAAUGAUGAUGAACUAUAG